GAGGGAGACGGAGCAAGAGAGAGUGAGAAAGCUGAGUGGGGAGAAGACGUUCCCAGAUUAGUCAGUGGCUUCAUGGAGUUAUGUGUCUCUGAUCCGCCGCCAUGGAUUGCAAUCCGCGAUCACUCCUUUUCGUUUUACUUCUUUUGUUGUCCUGCGUUAUCCCCGCGUUUCCCGUCUUCUAUCCCCCCAAUGAAGUCAACCUGUUAGACUCAAAAGCAAGCCAAGGGGAGUUAGGAUGGAUUUCCUACCCAUCACAUGGGUGGAGGGAAAAUUGGGAGGAGAUCAGUGGGGUGGAUGAGCACUACACUCCCAUCAGGACCUUUCAGGUCUGCAAUGUGAUGGACUACAGCCAGAACAACUGGCUUCGGACCAACUGGAUCCCUCGCCAAUCUGCUCAGAAGAUCUAUGUGGAGCUGAAGUUCACUCUGAGGGACUGCAACUCAAUCCCGUUGGUACUGGGCACCUGCAAGGAGACAUUCAACCUCCUCUACCUAGAGGCAGAUGAUGACCAGGGCAGCCACUUCCAAGAGCAUCAGUUCUCCAAGAUUGAUACCAUUGCUGCUGAUGAGAGUUUUACUCAAACUGACCUUGGAGAUCGCAUUCUCAAGCUCAAUACUGAGGUACGCGAGGUGGGUCCCAUGACCAAGAAGGGUUUCUACCUCGCAUUCCAGGACGUGGGCGCCUGUGUAGCUUUAGUGUCAGUAAGGGUUUACUUCAAGAAGUGCCCACACACUGUGAGGAAUCUUGCCUCUUUCCCUGAUACUGUGCCCAUGGACUCCCAGUCACUGGUGGAAGUCAAAGGCUCAUGCGUCAAUCACUCCAAAGAGGAAGAGCCUCCUCGAAUGUACUGUAGCACAGAAGGGGAGUGGCUUGUGCCUAUUGGGAAGUGUCUGUGUAACCCAGGAUAUGAGGAGAGAAGCAGCACCUGCCAAACGUGCAGGGCAGGCUUCUACAAAUCUACUCUCGGGAAUAUGGAGUGCUCAAAGUGUCCACCUCAUAGUUUCUCUCACCAUGAGGGGUCUCUUCACUGUGGCUGUGAGAAAAACUACUUCCGUGCUGAGGGAGACCCUGCUUCUAUGGCCUGUACUCGACCUCCUUCAGCUCCCCGGAACGUAAUCUCUUCCAUCAAUGAAACUUCUGUUAUCCUGGAAUGGAGCUGGCCUGAGGACACCGGAGGGCGCAGGGAUAUCACCUUCACUGUCCUUUGCAAACGUUGCCGUGCUGUUGCUGCUAAUGGCAGCAGCAGUGGGACCCAGCGCUGUGAACCUUGCCGGAGCAAUGUUCGCUUCCUGCCAAGAGCCAUGGGACUGCACAACACCACAGUGACGGUUGGCGACUUGUUAGCCCACACUAACUACACAUUUGAGAUUGAAGCACAGAACGGUGUGUCAUCGCUGGCACCAAAGAUGAGACAGUACGCUGCCGUCACCAUCACCACCAACCAAGCGGCUCCCUCUCCAGUAGCAGUGAUCAAAAAGGAGAAGACAACUCGAAGCAGUGUCUCCCUGUCCUGGCAGGAGCCAGAAAGACCCAACGGUAUCAUCCUUGACUAUGAGAUCAAAUACUACGAAAAGGAGGAGCAGGAGACCAGCUACACAAUCCUCCGUGCUCGAGGUUGUAAUGUGACCCUGAAUGGUUUGAAGCCCAACACUGCCUACUUACUUCAAAUCAGAGCCCGUACCGCAGCAGGAUAUGGAGCCAGCAGCCCCACUUUCCAGUUCGAGACCAGCCCUGACUCAGCCUUCUCUAUCUCAAGUGAAAGCAGCCAGGUUGUUUUGAUUGCCAUUUCUUCUGCCGUAGCCAUCAUCCUGCUCACUGUGCUUCUCUACGUCCUGAUUAGCAGGUUUUGUUGCCGGAGCAAAUCCAAACAUCCUGAUGAAAAAAGACUGCAUUUUGGCAAUGGACACUUGCGUCUGCCAGGGAUCAGAACCUAUGUGGACCCCCACACAUAUGAGGACCCGAGCCAGGCUGUGCACGAAUUUGCCAAGGAACUGGAUGCCUCCUGCAUUGCCAUAGAUAAAGUGGUGGGAGCAGGUGAAUUUGGAGAAGUCUGCAGUGGUCGCCUGAAGUUGCCCAGCAAAAAGGAGAUCUGCGUGGCCAUCAAAACUCUCAAAGGUGGAUAUACAGACAAACAGAGGCGGGACUUCCUUUCUGAGGCAUCAAUCAUGGGACAGUUUGACCACCCUAACAUCAUCAGGCUGGAGGGGGUGGUAACACGCAGUAAACCUGUCAUGAUCGUCACCGAGUACAUGGAAAAUGGUUCUCUUGACAGCUUCUUAAGAAAACAUGAUGCCCAGUUCACAGGAAUCCAGUUGGUUGGCAUGCUGCGCGGUAUUGCUUCAGGCAUGAAGUAUCUGUCAGACAUGGGUUACGUUCAUAGAGACUUGGCCGCUCGAAACAUUUUGGUCAACAGCAAUCUGGUGUGUAAAGUGUCAGACUUUGGCUUGUCCCGGGUGCUGGAGGAUGACCCGGAGGCUGCUUACACAACUAGGGGAGGUAAAAUCCCUAUUCGGUGGACUGCUCCAGAGGCUAUCGCCUACAGGAAGUUUACAUCUGCCAGUGAUGCUUGGAGUUAUGGCAUUGUGCUAUGGGAGGUGAUGUCAUAUGGGGAACGACCAUACUGGGAGAUGUCCAAUCAGGAUGUAAUAAAGGCUGUAGAUGAAGGUUACCGACUGCCCCCACCCAUGGACUGCCCUGCCACUCUCUACCAGCUCAUGUUGGACUGCUGGCAAAAAGAGAGGAACAAUCGGCCCAAGUUUGAGCAGAUAGUUAGCAUCCUGGAUAAACUCAUCCGCAACCCCAGUAGCCUCAAAAUCACAGCGAACACCACAUCCAGGCCACCCAACUUGUUGUUGGACAGAAGCAGUUCAGAGGUUCCCUCAGUGGGAACAAUGGGCGACUGGAUGGAUGGAAUGAGGACCUUGCCCUGCAAGGAGGCCUUCUCUGGGGUCAGCUACAGCUCCUGUGACACACUGGCCAAAACCUCCACAGAUAGAGUGGUUCUGACGGAGGUCCACGUCACACAAGCCACUUGCCCAGAAUGGGAGCCAUCCAUGGGGAUCACCACUCUCUAACACCCAGCUUCACCCUACUCAAGCUCUGGAUGGGAUCUAAAAAAGGUUGGAGUGACUAUUGUAGGACCGCAGAAGAAGAUAGUGAGCAGCUUGAAAGCCCUAGAUUCUCACAACAAGAAUGGCCCAGUACCUGUUUAAAAAAAUGGACCCGACAAAUGAAAACCACCAGAGACCUAUCUGUUGGUCUGUGUUGACAGACUGUGUUUGCUAAUUGCACUCUAACACAGUGGCUGCAUAUUCAGACUGAAAAUGGCGGAAAAAUAUGGCAUGAUUCAAAUGAUGUCUUUCAUUGUUUCAUUUGAAAGAUGUCCCGGCAGAGAAGUGGAGAAGAGCUCAGUUCAGUUCUACCUGCUAGGUAACUGGCUGACUCAACCCUCUGCCCCUCUGUGCCCAUGUUGAGUUGCCUUACAGACUAAGAGGGGGGUAGAGAGCAGAGAAAAGAGAAGAAGGUCAGAGAGACCUGAUCAGGAAGACAAAGGAGAACUGUACUGGGAUGCAGGGCAAGGACUGCAUUAACAUAUAGCCGGACGUCUCCAUGAUUAUGGCUUACCCACAGCACGCCCGAGAAUCAGCCUGUAGUCCAAGGCAGUGAAACAACUGAAACACCUUGCCAAGAAAGGUACGACGGACAGCAGCAGCUGACCCACUUGUAGAGCCCUCCUGGAGUGAGGAAGUCUGAAGCGUGAGAUUUUGUUGCAACUACCUUCAUUUACCGUCUCUAUCCAUGCGAGAUCUCAGCUGGAAUGGACACACCGAGAUGCUAACCGAGCCAUUUUACUCUGUAGCUCUGAUCUAUAGCAUUUGCAUUCAGUAGACAUGUCACUUAAAAGCAAUAAUGAUAUAAUCAGUGGAAUAAUUUCAUUGUAUGGAAGCCAUGAGUCUAUCACAUGUAAAAUGUAUUGAAUGCUGUGCUUUAAAAAUAACAGGGGCCAUAAAUCACUUCACCCACAGAUUUUUCUUUAUGGUGACAUCUGUGUUCUGUGUGCUUAUGAACAGAUAUUGUACAGUUUUAGUGCAGUUCUCUCUGUAACCCCUUUGUGUGAAAUCUCAGGAUGUAUACUUCCUUAUGUUUUCUCAAGCAAGGACAAACUGAUGGGGAAAAUGGAGCAAACUAGAACUGAGAAUUCAGGUUAAGAUACAUGUGCAAGAAAAGGGAAAACAGAGAGAUGAUGAUGAGAGACAACAAGUAAAAUCAAUGUCAGCCCUCUGCUACUGCUGCUGAUGUAUUGCAGAAGUGUAAUAUACUCAGAGCUCACGUUUCUUCUUUAGGGAAGACAAGUUAGCAUCAUCAAACUCUCACAACUCUCGUUUUCUUUCUAAAGAGUGUAAUUUUUGCCUGUGUAAGAUCGGUUUAGUAGGUUGAGAUUAACACUGCCUAUCUGAGGUUAUAGUCCAGUAACUUAGGUUUGAAUUCAUAAUUUAUUAAUAAAAGCCAUUUAGGAGUUGUCAUUUUGUUUGAUUGGAAAAAUUUGUGUAAAAAAUAGUUUGUUAUAUUGUAAAAUUAACUUUAACCGAUUAUUUUUGGUGUGUUUAAUGCAAAAAAAAAGUUGAGUGCCUCCUGUAGUUGGACUUGGUUUUGGUUUGACGUCAAGAAAGUCUUGGCCUUCUUUCUCUGUUCUCUUUGGGAUAUAGAGUUGGUUAUUACCUAAACUAACUAGAUUUUGCCCUGGAAGAGAUGCAGCAUAUCUAAUAGAUGAUUGCUUUCUGAGAUAGUAUCCAAGUGCGUCAUAUCUCCAGUAUGGGCUUUCCUAAAAGCACCUUAGAAGACCUUUGUACAGUGAAGUACUUUACGAUGCUAGUCUCCUGCUUUGAUGUCACCCAGUCAAUCCCUCAGUGCAACAUGUACCCAGAUUUUUUGAACUGGCACUUUGGUACUUUGUGCUUUUGGUUGGGUAAUAUGUAACAAGAAGGAUGCAAUAUUUAAGUUUCUUCAAGCACUUAGUACGCAGUAUUGCAGCACUUUGAAAUUAAAUGUUAUUGCCUUGGCGCUAGAUUAAACUUGUCUAACAGACGGGGUGAUUUUGGUGCUUUUGGGAAACCCAGCCUUGGUCAGUCUGUCAGUCCUGUCUUCUUUUCUUUGGUCUACCUGUGGAUGCUACUGUUGCUGCUAUGUGUUUUAAUUAGCAUGUACAUAAUGUAAACCAUUGUUAUUAUGGCAACUAGCACUACAGAUCCCACUAUAUGUACAUGUCCAUCCCUUUUUUGUACAAAUGUUUGUAUGUAUAAAAGCCUGAAUAAAAAUUGUGCAACAUUUUUAAUUAAAAAAAAA